AUGCCGAAUUUCAAAAUUGACCAAAAGAAACUGGUAUUUGAAAUUAAAACAAACAACACCCAGGAAUUGGUGCGAACGACAAAGCAAUGGAUUCAUUUAAUGAACAAACGACAGUGCGAAACUGAUUUUAUGCUAUUACAACAAAGUUUACGGCAAAUACAUAAAGAUGCGAACGCAUCGGCCAUGUACAAUUUUGGACCAACUGUUAUGCGAAUGCUUCACUAUCUAAAUUUACCGGACCAUGCACUUAAACUCAACCAUGACCUGCAAAUCGGCCAUUUGUUUGAUCAAUUGAGCUGCACACUAAUCUUAUGUGACAUGCUUUUCAAUAACGCGAUGUACAAGGAAAUACUGCAGGUUCUUCAGAAAAAAAGAAGUUUUUUGGAAAAAAAGGGCAUGAUUCAGUCGAGAUUCCAGAACUAUGUAACAUUUGCUGCUUGCUACAAACUGAACACAAAAGACUCUUUAGAUUAUGGUCUAGAGAUAUACAAGAACUUAGUAAAAGAACAUCAGCUGUCCCAAAGUAUGAAUUUCUUGGCAAUGUUGGCUAUCAACCAGGAUCAACCGGCCACUGCGUUAGAUGUUUUAGUGGUACCUGAUAGACAUUUCUCAUCAAUAAACGUACGUCUCAUAGCAUUGUCCGAUUGUGGUCAAUAUGCUGAAUCUUCAGAAAUAGUGAAAAAUAUCUUAAAUGACACUCAAUUGAGGAGCCAUAGAAUAUCUGAGCAUGUGAUUCAAAGAAUUAGAGACAGUUUGGAUAGACACCCUUCAACUGAAGAUGCUGUUCAUUAUAACAAUUUAUUGAACGAGCUUCAGCAGCAAAUGCGGACAUCAAAAGUGACAAUAGACGAAAUGCUGUGCUGGCCGCUAAAUGCCAAUUGGCAAAGUAAAGACAAAAUGAAAACACCAAAAGCAUCACAAUCAGAAUAG